AUGUUUAACAAAGAAGAGAAUGGCGUACGUUCUCUCUGCACAGCGAUGCAAGACAGAGACAUACAUCAGAUAACAAAUAUUUUGAGAACCAACAGCGAACUGAUAAGAUACAAAAAUCAACUUGGAGAAAAUUUACUCCACUUGGCCGUAAAAUACAAUUUUGAAGAGUCCAUCGAAUUACUAAUCAAACACGGAUUAAACAUCGACAGUACAGAUAGUUGCAAUAGAACUCCGCUUCAUUUCGCAAUCACAUUCAAAAACGAAUCCAUAGUAAAAUGUCUUCUCAAGCACAACCCAAUCACUAACACAAAAAAUCUAUAUGGGAAAAGUCCAUUUCAUUUGGCAGUAAAUUUCGGCGAUCGUCGAAUAAUCCAACUGUUAUUAACAAGUGGAGUAGAUGUUAUGGAUACAACAUUGUGUACAAAUCAAACGUCAUUGCACAUAGUAUUACGAAAUGAAGACGAAGAAACAUUUAAGUUACUGUUGAAAAAUUAUUCUGGAAACGUGAAUAUACCAGAUGCGUACGGAGAAACACUUUUACACUCAUUAGCGAGACAGAGAAAUGAAAACUUAGCGAAGCUUUUGAUUGAUAGGGGAGCCGAUGUGAAUUAUCGCAACAACGACGAAGAAACGGCACUUCAUUUAGCAAUUCAUCGUAGAAAUUUCAGUAUGUGCAAGCUUCUUGUAAAACAUAGUGCUGACGUUAAUCUAAAAAAUAAAUACAAAGAGAGUGCAUUACAUUUGGCUAUAAGAUACAAAGACUUCAAACUAGUGGAGAUGCUAUUGAGCUUCAAUGCUGAUAUCAAUCAACGCGCGAUUGAUAACGAUACGAUGCUUCAUGUUGCCGUUAAAUACUACAAAUUUGAAGUUGUCGAUUUAUUGAUAAAAAAUCAUGUGGAAAUCGACGCUAAAAAUUGCCACGGUUUAACUCCAUUUCACACAGCAACGAAGAUUAAAUGUAUAGAAGCUGCGGCACAACUUUUACUUCAUAAUAUCGACGUGAACACCGUGGCGUUUGGUAAUUUUAUUCAGAAAGGCAAAUCUCAGUAUUACACUCCACUUCACACUGCCAUCGCGCAAAAGGAUCUUCCUACUGUGAGAUUCCUACUAGAUAAUGGAGCUUCGUUCGAUCAAGAUCGUGAAAUAUUCUUAGCAGUCGAGUUUGGUUGCGUAAGCAUCGUUGAUCUCCUGGUUCAACGCGGUGCAAACGUAAAUGCAAGAAAUUCGUCUGGUCGAUCGCUUUUGUACAUAGCUAUGAAGACUCGUGAUAGAAGUAAAGUUGAGAGGCUUCUACAUCGUGGUGCUGAUUCGCGUGAUAUUGACGAAGCAGAUAUCGAUAGCAAUGAAACGGCGUUACAUUUGGCUGUAAAAUCUAAAGACGAGAACUUUGUAAAGUUUCUUUUGGAUAUCGGUAUUGAUGUGAAUAUUUGUGAUGUAAAUGGAAUGACACCGUUGUGUUUGGCAAACGGAAAUUCUGCGAAAUUUAUAGUAGCCAGUGUUGCAUUACUGAAAGUUCAUGGAUUUUUCGUAUGUAAAAAGAAUGAGAUUAUGAUAGAUUCUGUUCCUGAGUUUGCUUCAUUUUUUACCGAGUGUAUGGAAGAAUUGGAAAAGAUUAAAGUAACAAGGUAUGGUAAUGUGUCCUUAAUUAAGUUUUUGAGAGACGAUGUGAGAUUUUGGGGAAGAUACGUGAGGAAAUGUGUAUUUAAAGCAAAGAUCGAUGAGAAUUUGUAUCCUAUUUAUUGGGGGAAACUUUUGGUUAAUAUUGAUAAUGGACUGAUGAGAUGGAAUCUUAUUAAACGAGCUAAAAACAUUUUAUGUGAAUUUCAUUGUUUUCAAUCAUUGUACGAUGUACUGGACGAGAUUGUUGAUAAUUUUAACGAUGACGAGCUUCGGAAUUUCAACGAGGAAUUAUAAUUUGUUAAAGCUGAAAUAGGACUAUAAUUACAGCGUGAUUCUCUUUUUUCGUUGUUGGAUAAUAAGAAAAAUCGUUUGCAUUUAGCGGUUAAGUAUAGGCAUUACGCAUUAAAUGCUCAUUUGCACCAUAUAUUGCAGAACAGUGUAAUGACAACAUUGAUGCUUAGGUAGUAACGAUUUUUUAAUCUAUGUUGUAGUUGAUUUAUGAACAUUUGUCAAGGAAGUUAUGUGUUUUUAAAUUGAGAAGAAAAUUGAAAUUACAAAAUACGAAGAUAAGCGAUCUGAUCAGCUAAAAAACUGCAUAAAGAUGCUAAUGAAAUAAGUCAAACUUUAUUUUUGAAAAAAAAAACAGACAUCUUGGAAUAGAAUACGCGGAAAAUCUAUUUCUGUCAAAGUUUUUUUUAUAUAUAAGAAAUAUUACAAUCUGGUCAAGGCAAAAAGUAAUAGACAUAACUUAAUUUUUCAAUGCGUUCUUUCAAUGCAAUUUAUAAAUGUGUUUAAAUUGCCUACUUCAGAUAAAAAUCACAAACUGGAAUACAAGUGAGCUUUGCUCAACAGUGAUAUAUGAUUGUAAUAAAAUUUCAGAAAAUUAA